AUGCUUGUCGCCGGUGCCGCCGCAACAAGUCCCUGCGAUUCGUUCCGCCCGUGCUCGCUGUGCUUGCGCGCUGAUGUGGAAUGCGAAUCGGCCCAGCUUGAGGAGUCGGCACGCAUUCAGAAGCCUAUCAUUCGCAAGCCGCGGCGAAGACUCACACGGCGAAUACGACCUCAUCUAGGAGAUGCUAGAGGCAGCUCCAACGCGACAACCUCGCCAUCGACAUCGCCCAACAACGCACCCCCCAAUGCCUCAGAACAUGAUGCGUUUCACGACGAAACGCACCAAGUCCGGUGCGAAGUGCCGUCACAGUUGUCAGAUGAUGUCCACUCGCGCCACGGCGAAGCAGACUCGGCUAUGGGCAUUGCGAGAAAGAUAAGCCGACUUGGGAGUCAAGGCAUUGAAAGUUGUUCGACCUUUGCCAUUCCUGAUGGUGGUUACCGCGCCCAAAGUCCUCGCUCAGGUGUUGGUGAUACACGUAUUCCCAUUUCAACCAUCUUGGGAAGCCGAUUUCCGGACCGUCGGCUCAUCCAACAACUCAUGGAAGACUACUUUGAUGCGGUUCACUGGUUUUCUUUGGUUAUAUACGAACCAAAGUUUCGGAAGCGACUUGCCUCCGUGGAAGAUGGAUAUGCGUACCAAUCCGAUGCUUCUUUUCUUACUUUGUUAUCCAUGGUCUUGUGCAUGGCUGCGUGGUAUCGGUCGAACCGAGCAGCGCACGAGGCUGAUGAGGAUUGGCGUCGUUGGAGUGAGGAUCUACUGGGCAUUGUUGAAUCCAGGUUGAUCUGCCUGAUGGAUGAGACGUCAAUUACAGCUGUGCAGACGUGCAUCUUGUUGGGCUCUCACCAUGUCUACCACGGUCGACCAAACCUUUCCUUUGCGCUACUGGGAGCAACGAUUAAGAUAUCUCAUGCUCUGGGUAUACAUCGUCAUCUGCCGCAUAAAAGCCCUGACGAAAUUGAGGAGCGAAAAAGAGUGUGGUGGACAAUCUACACGUGGGACAGAUUUGCCUCCAUCUCAUAUGGGCGACCAUUAAGCAUAAAUGAUGAAGACUUUAACCUCGAAAUGCCGCUAGAAUAUCCCGAAUCGCCAUACUUUUCUCAGAAAUCCGGGAGCCAGCAAUCGUCAGACCUUGUAUAUUCGCGAUACCAGACUGAAUUGAGUAGUCUCUACCGCAUUGUAUCCCCAGCGUUGAAAGUAAUUUUCGGCUCCAUCUCCACGCACAAUUCCAAACAACGCUACGAAUCCGAGUACGCUUCACUAGUAAGCGAUGUAACUACAAAGCUAAAUACCUGGAAAAGCAAUCUACCUCCGCACCUAAGCCUGAAUCUAGAUCAGGACUACUGUCCUAGAAAUAUACUUUAUCGGCCAUUUCUAGCCAAGCAGGUCGAUCACCUGUCGAUUAUGCCCUCAAACGCAUAUGCCCUCGCAUCUCAAGCUGGGUCUCCUGUUCCUGAACUCCACGGCUCUCCAUUAACUGAAAGCCUGAGAAACUUGACAACCCCGGAUGCCGCCAGCAACUCGAACAACAACUCGGAGUAUUGGCUGAGUGCAGCUGUAAGAACGGGACGACUUGCUGAGCUGCCUGAGCUCGCCCAGCUUGCCAAAGAGAGCCAUCUCGUUGCCUUUAUGGCUAUAAAUUUGUUCCACGCUGCCAUCGUGCUUAUACUCCUUGCUUUGUCUGACCCUCUAUCUGAUAGAGCCCAGAAAUUGAAGCGGACAAUCACCCGAGUACUUCGCUUACAGCAACUGCUGGGUAAGCAAUCAGCUCUGUCGAAACAGAGUGGGUUUGUACUCCAAAACCUCAUAUCAUUGCUGCUGAAGAGAGAGGAAGAGGCCAUGCUGGGCAGGCCUGCUCCUGGUCCUCGAAGGGUCGGCAAUGAAGAGGCCCGGCAGUCUCGGGUUCCCAUAAAUCGUGCUUCCCCGGUUUCUUGGGCGCGUCACCAGUCCUCCCCUUUGGGAGGACCGAACAUAAUCACUCAAAACGACUCUGCCGCACAAGUAUGGCCAAAUUUGGCCGUGGCACAACAGCUGAAUGAGAGUCUUACAUCCGUGCAGCAAGUAUUUCCUGUAGCCCACGAGCAGUCAUUUCAAGCUGCCAAUCUGGCAAGCGCGCCGUUUGAUGAGCGGCAGGUGUGGAAUUCUGCGUUCGGCCAGUCAGAUAGGUGUGAAAUCGAUCAGGCCGUAGGCCCAGGCGCCCCGGAAAUUGAAAAUGGGAUAAAUGGCCUUUUCUGGCUUUGGGAUUUUAACUGGGAUAGUGGUCAUAGUCAGCCAUAUUAG